AUGUGUGUGUCAUAUGAAACUUUUACAGCUCAGUCGUUCACUGCCUGAACCAGAAGAAGAAACCUGCUGCAGCCCAACACAAGUGGACUAUUUCUGACUGAGAUAUGGCUGUGCUGGCACCGUUCCUGGUGUUAUGUGCUUUUGUUUUGGAGUUUCAUCAUGUGGAAGCAACAGCAGACACCCUGAGCUGUCUGGAUUCUUCUUUCUGUCUUGGUGAACUGGAGGUGAUCUAUCCAGGCCUGGAGAUUGACAAAUGCCUCAUAGUUCAAAAGGAUCUCAGAAAGAAGCUCACUACACUUUGGAAAGCCCCACGGAUUAACUUCUCCGGAGCAGACGAGGCUAAGGUGUAUGUUCUGGUGAUGGUUGAUCCUGAUGCUCCAAGUCGCAACAAUCCAAAGGCUGCUAACUGGAGACACUGGCUGGUGGUGGACAUCCAGGGCAAUGCACUGAAGAAAGGAGAGAUCGAAGGGACGACCCUCACUGAAUAUCAUCCUCCAACCCCGCCUAAGAAGACUGGUUUGCACCGCUACCAGUUCAUGUUGUUUGAGCAGCCUCCAGACACAUCGGUGUCCCUGGCUGAGAAGGAGAGUUCAUCCCGCGGUAAAUGGGAUCUAUUGGCCUUCAUCACCAGGUUUAACCUAGGAAAGCCUGUUGCCACUUUGCAGUUUCUCACCAAAAACUAUGAGGACUGAAGAAUUCUCAAUGUCAGAAAUGUUGGUGUAGAAGCAUGUGUCAAAACAGUGAUGUAAAAUGCAUUCAUUCAUUCUUUCCCUGAAUUAAACAGUAUCACUUCUUCAAAGCAUACAA